AUGAAAGAUAAUUACGGACGACCCUUCUUCGUAUGUUCUGAGCGAAAGAAUCUCUGCAAGUUCUGGCAAUGGGGAGACGUAUUCGAAGGUCCAAGACAGUUAUGUCAACAUGGAAUGGUGUGCUGUGAACGAAAAGUCAAGAAAUAUGGUCCGAAUCAAAACCGUCUGUUUUACUGCUGUCGGAAGGACGACUCUUGUGGUUUCUUCGAAUGGAAGCAACAAGUCCCGUGGGUGACCGACACUGGCAUCGUGCUCUUAAAUAAUCCACUACAAUACCGAUUAAUGUCCAAUACCCAUGCAAGAUGUCCGAUGGAAAAAUCAAAAGGCCAUUGGACAUUCCAUUUGUCAAAUGGACUUGGAAAUGUCCAUUGCAGUUUUGUGUGUCCAUUGGAUCCAAUGGACAAGUGGAAUGUCCAUCGGACAUUUGCUUUUUCAGUUGGUCAAUUACCAUGUAUUUGA